UGGACAGACAGAGACGGACAGGAUGGAUUUUCUCCGGCUUCACCUCCCUGGGCUACAUCAGGCCGUGAGGGGAGCACUGGAUUCCUUCAGCGCUUUUGUGUCCUACCUCAUAGGAGAUACAGUUCCCACGGUGGAGAGGGAGAGGCAGGCAGCUGAGGAACUGGGGGAAGUGGCUGCAGGGAAGCCGGGGAAGUUUAUACAGGAGGAAGCCCAGGAGGCGCUGGAGGGAUUUAGAAGUGACCAGAGUCAGAGGGUAGCAGCACCUAGAGAGAUCAUCAGAUGCCAAGAAGGAAGUUUAGCUGGUGAACAGGCAUGGGGGUGGAGAGCAGACAGCUCCCCAAGGCCCCGAGCAGAAAAGCAGGACACUGGGUCCAGGAAGGCAGCUGAGGGUGCCAGGGGCCAGGAGCCAAAUGCUCCGCUGAAGCCUGAGGCAGGGCCUGGGACUCAGAGAGACAGAAACAGUAAGAGAGCCCAGGAGAUCUGGGAGCACGGUGAGCAGGAAGUGAAUAGUGGGGAGCCGCUGAGAACCUGUGAACAGAAAGAAGAAGAGGAGGAGGUGGUCAGAGCAGCAGAGCCCGGAAUGGCCAGGGGUGUGGAGUUGUCACAACCAGCCUGGCACAGGGAGCCUGAGGGGAAUGCUGGUCCUGACGGGCAGAAUGUAACAGAGGAUAGCAAAGAGACAGACUGGGUGGCCAAGGAGGUAGUCACAGAAACUAAGGGGUUUGAGGGCAAAGGGGCUGAUGAGGAAGAAGAGAGGAUAGUCCUGGUGAGGGAUGGCCAAAGUGCAGGGACACAGGGAGCACAACACCCAGGGGCAGAAUCUGAGGCCUGGACAGUCUCAGGCAGGGAGGACGCUGAUGACUUAGGCAUUAGGGAAGCAGACUAUGGGCUAGACUCAGAAGACAGCAUUCCAGAAGCUACUGGGAGAGUCUGGGUCCUAGAAGAGGCUUGCCAGGGAGAGCAGCAAGGUGAGAUGGAUGAGAAGAGAGAGGCUGAAGCUAGAGACGAGCCCCAGACCCUGGAGACCGAGAGGACUGAAGGCCAGAUAGUAGGGAAGGAGACUGUGGGAGACCAGGAGAUGCAGGGCAGCUUUGAGGGCGAAGAAAGGCAAGACUUAGCCAGUGCUGAUAGGAGGGUGAGUCUGGAAGAGGAGAUGCAGGUAGAAGAGCUCCCUGAGGAGGAAAGGGGCUAUGGGACCACAGAGGCUGUGCUAGCCCUGGACAAGGAGGCUAAAUGUGAGCCUGACUUGGAAGACUCUCCAGAAGCCAGGCCUGAGGAGUUGUUUAUGGCAGAGGAGAGUGAGGCCACUCAGAUGAGACUAGAGGUAUUGAGAGCAAAGGUCACCGAAGGACAGGACCCUGAGCUGCUGAGAGGUUCCCAGACCUUGACUGAACACCUUGAGGAAGGACAGCAGGGUCAGGAAGAGACCAGGAGAGCUCCAGACCUGAGCCCAGAGGGGGCGCUGAGCUUGGAGGACUGUCUCAGGCCUGUGGGAUUUGCAGAUCCUGAGCUAGAAGCUCAGGAAAAUCAGGGAAGGGAUGUGGACAAUAGAAACACCCAGGAUGUAAAAGUAGAUGCAGAAGAAGAAGAAGAAGAAGAGGAAGAGAUUGCAACAGGACAGGCAGUGGAGGUCGAGGUUGAAAGAGGCCAGGAGUCCCAACAGCCAGAGGUUCCAGGGUGGGGAGCAGAGGCAGAACCGACCCCCAUAGCAGUGGACCAGGAGCUGGAGGGAAGCCAAGGAGCAGAGGCAGCGACAGGCCAGUCAGUGGAAGAAUUCGAGCCCACGGAAAGCAAGACUAGUGAGGGGGAGGCUGCAGUGCCUUGGGAGACAAACAGAAUGUGUAGGAAGAGGAGCCUGGAGGAGGUGGCCCUGAGCCUGCAGGGCAGUGAAGAUACACAGACCAGUUCUUCAGAGGCUGAGAUUAGCAUGGGCAUCAGGACUGUGGGAUCUGAGGAAGGGCUGGAAUGGGAAGCUGGGGUGAGUCAAGAGAGGGAAUUUGGGAGAGCCCAGCAUUCCAAGGGCAGAGGGGAGACCAAGGGAGGCAUGGAGCUGGAAGAGGCUACAGAGACGCAAAGUGGGCAGGAAGUUGCCUCGGAGAGCUCAGUAGAGGAGAAGGCGCCUAGUUAUGAUAUCCAAGAAAUUGGUGGGACUGGAGAGAGAGAGCAGGCAGAUAUGGGGACAUCUGUAAUGGCAGAAGGAAUGACAGGAAUAGAUGGCGUGACUUUAGGCUCCCAGACAGAGAAAGCUGAGGGGUCUAUAACCAUCGUGGAGACUGAGGGGCGCCUAGGAGAUCAGAUGUCCUUAGACGAAGAAGCUGGAGGAGGGCUAUGGAGAGAGUGGGAAGCCCACAACUCUGAGAGAGAGACACAAAAGCUGCAUGAUGUGGAGGAUGCCGAGAGAGAAGCACAGAGGACAGAGAUCCAGGAGAAUGAUCCAGAACCCUCAGACCAAGAGAGGCAUCAGAUACACCAAAUCCCCACACUAACUGUGCCUGGCUUCUCUGAAUCGGGUGGGGCCACAGCAAGUGCCCCAGGGGAUGCUCACAGCAGCUGGAAUGAGGCCCUGCUCCCUGGAACCCUCCUGGACGUCUCUGUUCCACGGAGUCGUGUGCUUCUCUCUCGAAGUUCCUCACGGCGGCGCUCAAGGCCCUCGCUGCGCAGAAUUUCCGCUCCUGAGCCGCAGUAUGACCCUCCCAGUCCCCAACCCCAGGAGGAGCUGUUCCCUGAGCCGUCGCCUCUUCAGCCAGAGGAAACUUCAGAACUAAGUGCCACAAGGCCUGUAGACACUCCGGUGCCAGCCAGGAGAAAAAUGCUGGGACCUGGGUUCGGCUUCGCCCAUCCUGGCAUGAUGCAGGAGCUGCAAGCCCGACUGAGCCGGCCAAAGCCACAGUGACAGGGCCUAGAGCCCUUGUGAGACAAGCCUCCUAAGGGAGGGUCAGGACGCUCUGCUGGACUCUGGUUACCCUCGACUCCCUCAGCUACUGAAACAUAUCUUUGUACCUCUGUGGGCCUCACCUAAACCAGACGUUUAUGAAGACCUUGAAUCUAAGGAGUCUGAUCCCACAGUGUAAGCUGGUGGAGCACCGGUCCCACUGGCAUCUAUCAUGGGUCCCUCCCUGGUCACAUUUCCCAUCUAUCUUGGCUACUCAGGAGACUACAAGGAAGACAGGAUUAAGGAGACCUCCUUCCUUAAGUCUUCCCUGUAUGAUCACUCCCACCCAACUACCCAUCAUGCUAGAGCCCCACAGAGAGCUGUGUAAGGUAACACACCUCUGGGGUGGAAGUCAGCCUGAAGGAAAGAACUUCAAGGGCCUGGAGUUCAAAGGUCAUGAGCAGCAGACCAGCUGCUUUUGAGUUUCCAAAAUGAUAGCUCAACAUCACAACUCUACAGGUUGCUAUGGUAACCUCCAGGCCAGAGUUGGGGUACAUUGUGGAAACUUCAAGAAUAUAGAAGUAGAGAAAGGUUCUGGGCAGGUAGAAGCUUCGGACUCUCCCCAAGCUGUCCUGCUCUUUGGGUGUCAGACACUCCUGUGAAGACAUGGAGGCUCAAAGUGGGCCAGAAGGCUUUAUUAGGCACCCGGCACGGUGGCCUAACUCAAGAAUGAGACAAUAAA